AUGAGUUCUUACAUUUACCUCUCUAUCUUUCUAAUAAACAUUAUUUUAAAUGGAUUGGCCAGUAGUCUUCCUGAAGAAUAUGAAGCUCAGGUGAAAAACUAUCCGGACAUUAUACAAUCUAAAGAGAAAUGUCUGCCUCAACAAGGUAAUUAUGACUUUGCGAGUACACUCGUUUGCGAUCCGGAUGGUUUGUUGACUGUUGCACAAAAGAUGUUGGGAGUAUGGAAUGCAAUAUUUAGGUGCCGUUUAUCAACAAUAACAAAUAACUAUACAAAAUUGUCUUAUAAGUGCUAACUUCGAAAGUAUGGAGGAUACGUUGUGGCAAGUAGUGACGUUAUUCUGUGAUGCAAACAUUCGAAUUUAGAGAACGAAUUGCUGAAUAAAUCUAAACCAUCCUGUUAAGACAGUGUUAAGCAAAUUAUCUUAAAUACAAAAUUAUUUGUUAACAACUACCUAAAAGUAGAACUGGAAAUUUACUUAUCAAGUAUUUGUAACACUACCGGCUAUUUACUUUGCGCUUGCUUAUUACCGAUAUUCCAUGUGAGUGUUAC